UCGUGCUUCGUAUUGGUGGCUUCUUAUAACAACAAAACAAAUAUAAUUUACACUAGUCAAUCUUGAGCCAGCGCGGAUAUUGGUCGUGUAUUUUAAGACUUCCGUGACGCUGCAGAUUGCCGCAAACAUGUCAGACACCACACAAGUGCCGAUAGAACAUAAUCCCAAAAUACUGUCCGGACCAGUUCUAACGAACUCUCCGAAUGCCUUUCUCUCCAAGACUCUCCUGAACCGAUACCAUGACCUGCCCAUUCCGCACGAGAAAAUAAUAGCCACCUACAUUUGGAUUGAUGGCACAGGAGAACACUUAAGAUGCAAGGAUCGAACACUCAACUUCAUACCUAGACAUCCGAAAGAACUACCAGUAUGGAACUUCGACGGUAGCUCUACGGGUCAAGCUGACAGGAAGAACGCGGACACCAAUCUCAUUCCACAGGCCAUCUACAAGGAUCCCUUCAGACGUGGCAACCAUAUUCUUGUGAUGUGCGACACCUACAAAUACAAUAUGGAACCAGCAGACACAAACCACCGCGUGAAAUGCCAAGAAGCGUACGACAAGUGCAAGGACGAGGAGCCGUGGUUCGGUGUGGAGCAGGAGUACAUCUUGCUGGACGCUGACCUGCGGCCGUUCGGCUGGCCGCCCGGCGGCUGCCCGCCCCCGCAGGGACCCUACUACUGCGGCGUCGGCGCUAACAAGGUCUUCGCCAGGGACCUUAUACAGGCGCAUUAUUUAUGUUGCCUAUACGCCGGAGUUCCGAUAUCGGGAACGAACGCAGAAGCGAUGCCCUCUCAGUGGGAGUUCCAAGUGGGUCCCUCGGUGGGAGUCUCAGCUGCUGACGACCUCUGGAUCGCGCGUUUCAUCCUCCACCGUUUAGCCGAAGAGUUCGGAGUCAUUGUAUCCUUUGAUCCGAAACCAGUGCAGGACUGGAACGGCUCGGGCGCACACAUGAACUUCUCUACCAAAACCAUGCGAGCUGAUAAUGGUAUUGUUGAGAUCGAGAAGGCGAUCGACAAGCUGUCGAAGGUGCACAUGAAGCACAUCAAGGUGUACGACCCGCGCGGCGGCAAGGACAACGAGCGCCGCCUCACCGGCCUGCACGAGACUGCCAGUAUUAACGACUUCAGCGCUGGCGUAGCAAACCGCAGCUGCAGUAUAAGAAUACCGCGUAACGUGGCCACUGAGAAGAAAGGCUACUUGGAGGACCGCCGCCCGGCUUCCAACUGCGACCCUUACGCUGUCGUCAACGCGCUGCUCAGGACUUGCGUUUUGGACGAGUGAAGAGUUAAAUACUCGAGAAGAAAAGCAUUUUUUAUAAUAAUAUAUGUAUAUUAUAUCACGUGUUGAACGAGUCAAAAGUCCAAUACUAACGAAAUAAAAGCCAUAUGUUAAGUACGAAAGAA